UUCCCCUGCUGCAGGUGUGAUGGACAGGUAGCAGAAGAUUUCACUUUGAUAUCAGGGAAUCAGAAUGACCGAGUGCUUCCUGCCUCCCACUAGCAGCCCCAGUGAACACCGUCGGGUAGAACACAGUGGGGGUCUUGCUCGUACUCCCAGCUCUGAAGAAAUCAGUCCUACAAAAUUCCCUGGAUUGUACCGCACCGGUGAGCCUUCACCACCUCAUGACAGCUUGCAUGAGCCUCCAGAUAUAGUAUCCGAUGAUGAAAAGGAGCAUGGGAAGAAGAAAGGAAAAUUUAAGAAGAAAGAAAAAAGAACGGAAGGUUAUGCUGCAUUUCAAGAGGACAGUUCCGGUGAUGAAGCUGAAAGUCCUUCAAAGUUGAAGCGGUCCAAGGGAAUACAUGUCUUCAAGAAACCCAGCUUUUCCAAAAAAAAGGAAAAGGAUUUUAAAAUAAAAGAGAAACCCAAAGAUGAAAAGCACAAGGAAGACAAACACAAGGAAGACAAACAUAAAGAGAAGAAGUCAAAAGACUUAACUGCAGCAGAUGUUGUAAAACAGUGGAAAGAGAAGAAGAAAAAGAAAAAGCCAAUUCAGGAGACAGAGAUACCUCAAGUGGAUGUUCCAAGUCAUAGACCCGUGUUUGGCAUUCCUUUGUCUGAUGCAGUAGACAGGACCAUGAUGUAUGAUGGCAUCCGCCUGCCAGCAGUUUUCCGUGAAUGUAUAGAUUACGUAGAGAAGUAUGGCAUGAAAUGUGAAGGCAUCUACAGAGUUUCAGGAAUAAAAUCAAAAGUUGAUGAGCUAAAAGCAGCCUAUGAUCGAGAAGAAUCUCCCAACUUGGAAGAAUACGAGCCCAAUACAGUAGCCAGCUUGCUGAAACAGUACCUACGAGAACUGCCUGAAAAUUUGCUUACCAAAGAGCUAAUGCCCCGCUUUGAAGAUGCUUGUGGGAAGAGCACAGAAGCUGAGAAAGUCCAGGAGUGCCAGAGGUUGCUGAAAGAGUUGCCAGAGUGUAACCAUCUCCUAAUUUCUUGGCUGAUUGUGCAUAUGGACCAUGUUAUUGCGAAGGAACUGGAAACAAAAAUGAACAUCCAGAAUAUUUCUAUAGUGCUCAGCCCUACUGUCCAGAUCAGCAACCGUGUCCUGUAUGUAUUUUUUACACAUGUCCAGGAGUUCUUUGGGAAUGUGACCCUAAAGCAGGUGACAAAACCUCUUCGCUGGUCAAAUAUGGCAACAAUGCCAGCACUUCCAGAAACACAAGAAAGCAUCAAAGAAGAAAUCAGGCGACAGGAGUUCCUACUGAACUGUUUACACAGAGACUUGCAGGCAGGGAUAAAAGACUUAUCCAAAGAAGAGAGACUCUGGGAGGUGCAAAGAAUCUUAACAGCUCUUAAGAGGAAACUAAGAGAAGCUAAGAGACAGGAGUGUGAAACAAAGAUUGCACAAGAAAUUGCUAGCCUUUCAAAGGAGGAUGUCUCCAAAGAAGAAAUGAAUGAGAACGAAGAAGUUAUAAAUAUUCUGCUUGCACAGGAGAACGAGAUUUUAACAGAACAAGAAGAACUGCUGGCCAUGGAGCAGUUUCUGCGGAGACAGAUUGCCUCGGAGAAGGAAGAAAUAGAUCGCCUUCGAGCAGAAAUAGCUGAAAUACAAAGUCGCCAGCAGCAUGGCCGAAGUGAAACUGAGGAAUAUUCUUCCGAGAGUGAAAGUGAGAGUGAAGAUGAGGAGGAACUGCAGGUCAUCCUGGAAGACUUGCAGAGGCAGAAUGAGGAACUGGAGAUCAAGAACAAUCACCUGAACCAAGCGAUUCACGAGGAGCGAGAGGCCAUCAUAGAACUGCGAGUGCAGCUUCGACUACUGCAGCGAGCUAAAUCAGAGCAGCAGGUGCAGGAAGAAGAGGAGCCAGAAAAACGCGGGGGUGUUUCUCAGCAGCAAAGAGACAGUGUCCUGGAGACAAAAGCAGCCAAAGAGCAGCCAAAGGCAAGCAAGGAGCAGCAAGUCAAGCCAUCGCCAAGCAAAGACAGGAAAGAAACUCCAAUUUGAUCCGGCUCCUUGGAUAUGCAUCAAAUCAACCGAACUGUGCAAAUUACUGUAAUUUGAGUCAAACUGCACAAAUUAUUGCUGGCUGUGUACAUUCUGUAAAGAAACUUUUCUUUUAAGCCCUGGAGACUUUUGUCUCUAAUACUUGUGGCAUCUACUCAUCAGACUCAGGUGAGUUUGCAGAGGCCAGAAGAGUUUUCCAGUUAGUAUCAGAUUAUUUCAAGACUGGUUUCCUUCAGGUGAUUUAAAAUAAUUCAGUAACAGUUUUAUUUUUAAACCAAAAUCAUUAUUUACAUUCAUUGGCGCAGAAUUGGGAGAUCUCAUUUUCAGUAAAUAAACAAACCCCCACCCACACUUAUUAUUUGCCUUGUGAACCUAUUCAUCCUCAUUCACCAUUAUUUCUGCUUACUAACCUAGUCACUUCUUGCUUGUGCCUUUGAUACCUUUCUGAUGCAGAUUAUAU